UCUCUCUCACGGUAUCAAGAUUAAACCGGUUUUUUUUUUAAAUCCGGACCGCUUUCUUUACAGAAAAGUACGAACCGUAGCCCCUUUAUCUUUCAUCGUCAUCCCCUUUCGAUUCGAUCCCAGACAGAUCGAUCUAAAUUUCUUUCCCAGAUUUCCCUUAAUUUCUUAUCAUAAUCGUUGAAUCGGAUGUCCGUUUGUAUAAAUCCGAAUCUCCCCUAUCGAUUAAUCCCAAAUUCGACCAAAUCCUUUGGCCUCGUACAAUUCUAGGGUUUCGACUCUGAAUCGGCCCCUUUCGCCUCGUAAUAUUCCAAUCCAUCUCGUUUCUUCGAUCUAAUUUCUGUCUCCUUGCUUUGCCCUCUUGAAUUUGGUCCUAAUUUUGUAGAUUUUUUCGGCCGCGUCAAAUUUCUAGGGUUUCGUAGAGUUCAUCUCGUUAGGGUUUGUUCUUUGUGUAAAUUCUUGUAGGGGUUUUGUUCGCCUCACCUUUCUUUCGCUAUUUCGUAUGUUUUUUUGUCAAUAAUUUCACGAUUUCACUUGUCAAUUGCAAUUUCUAGGGUUAGGGUUUCUGAAAAAAUUCAGCUUCUUUAUUUGGUAAAAUUGGAUUAGGGUUACGGUUCAUAAGGCCGAUAAAUCCGUUUCUGUUCAUAACCAGCGUUCAAUUGUAUUACUUAAGCCGUCUGCUGUUCCUCUGAAGAAUUAAUAGAGGUUAAUAUGGGAUUCAAAAGGCCCUUUGAUGAUGUCGAGUUCCAGGAGCUUCCUUAUAAGCACUCAAGACAACAUGAAUUCGGUGAUAGGUGCUCACCAUUCUUUGAUGCUGUUUCUUGUUAUGGUGCUCCCCGAAAAACAUAUGUUUCAGGUGAGAAUGGGAGUGGUGAUUGUAAGUCCCAGUGGCUUGAGGUUCUUGAAAAAUAUACUGUUGCUGAAGAUUCAACAGCUGCCAACAAGGGUUGUGUUCCCUUCUCAUUGGUUACCAGGAGUUAUGGUGAAGAAGAUGUGCGUUCUGGACCAGAUGCUUAUUCACCUUCUGCUGAGGAUUUCAAAUUUGACUUCCCAAGGAGAACAUGUGUUCCUUUCAAGGAUGCUUAUUCUUCUUUGUUUGACCUCUCUCCAAGGAAACAAGUUCCGGUUGGACCAGAUCAUCAGGCCAGGAUACCUUUAUGGAGUGGACGCAUGAAAUCGACGGAUCAGAAAGAUGAGAUUUAUAACAACAACAUUUCCUUGCAAUCUUUGGAAUCAGAAAAGACUGUGAACAAUGAUAGUGAGGAAAAGCUUUUAGGGACUUGUGUCAUUCCAAUGCCUGAGUCAAACCUCUCAGCACUUGAGUGUGAUAAGGUUGGAUUUGGUCGAACAGAUUGUAGCUGCCUGGACGCAGGUACAGUCAGGUGUGUGCGACAGCAUGUCAUGGAAGCACGGGAAGAACUUAGAAGAACUCUUGGAAAUGAAAAGUUUGUCAAGUUGGGGUUUUGUGAGAAGGGGGAGGAAGUGGCACGAAGAUGGAGUGAAGAAGAAGAGCAGGCCUAUCUUGAGGUUGUUUACUCUAAUCCUGCAUCAUUGGGGAGGAAGUUUUGGAAGCAGUUGUCUGCAGUGUUCCCUUCUCGUAGUAAAAGGGAACUGGUCAGCUAUUAUUUUAAUGUGUUUAUGCUUCGCAGGCGGGGCACUCAGAACAGAUCUAGUAUACUAGAAAUAGAUAGUGAUGAUGAUGAGUGGCAUGGAAACAAUGGAGAUUCCAAUGACGCACCAGAUGCUGAAGAUGAUGAAGACUCCGUUAUUGAGUCUCCUUAUUAUCAAGAUGAUCGUGUGGGCAAUGAAGAAGAUUACUCUGAAGAAGAUGAUAGUAGUGAUGGUGGCGACAGUGAUGGUGAUGUGGGGCAUGUUGAAGGAGAUUCUAGCAAAGCGGAUGGCAGGAUAGAUCAUGUAUCGCAAUCAUACAUGCUGAAGUCAGUUAAAGAAGGAAAGUUUGAUACACUUGGGGAUUGGGAAAAGAAUUCAGGGUGUACUGGAGACGAAUUUGAUUUCCAAGAUGACUCAUGUGUAUCUUUCGAAUUUCAGUCCAAUAUCCAUGAUUCUCGCAGCAAAUGCUUGGAUACCCAGCCUGAUGCAUCCAGUGAUGCAGCUGGUCAUGCAUAUUUAUUGGAGCCUUGCAACGCUAAAGUUUGGGAUGGAAGGUUCGGGGUGGACACCAUGAAAGGCGAUGAUCUACUGCCAACGUGGAGUAUGAUUGAAGACAUAUUUGAUCAAGGAAUGGCGGCGGAUUACAAGAUGACGGAUGAGCGCAAGGCACCAGCCGGUGGCUAGGUGGCUUACGAAAUAAUUCUUUUAACCCCAAUUAGUUGCUAAUAAAAAAUAUGAAAAGAAAUGUUGAGUGGUUAAACUCGUCAUCAAAUACAUUGUCUUUUUGUUUGUUCUCUUA